AUGUCACAUCUAGUAAAGCUACUCGCUGUCGGAGCAAGUCUCGUCGGCCUUGCCUCUGCACAAUGCAAUCUCACUCCCAAGGCCAGCAUCGCUACCGCUGAAGGAGUGGAGUACAAGCUUCUGCGCACUGGUCUGCAGCGUCCUCGCCACCUUGUUGUUGAUACCGAGGGCAAUCUUCUGAUCACCGAGGCUGGUGCCAAGGGUGUGAGGAGGGUUGUUCUCGAUGAUGGCAAAGACCUAGGUGUUUGCAUCGACUCUGACGACGCCUUGAUUUCUGAUGCCAAUCUGAACCACGGUAUUGCUCUCACCGCCGACGGCAAAACCAUUCUCGUCUCCAGUCCCAGCGAGGUAUACGCCUAUGACUACGAUGCCUCCGAGGGAAAAGUCGGCUCCCGCCAGACCGUUAUCACCGGUAUGAGUGCCACUUCAACCCAUUCUAUCCGCACCCUGACGAUUCCUCUCGCUGGCAAUCCCAAUCUGCUGCUUGUGGCUGGCGGAUCUGAUGGAAACUUGGACGUCGAAACUGUGGACAAAGAUGUUGUGCGUAGCCAGGUAAGAGUCUUCGACAUUGAUGAAAUGUUGGCGGCGGAUGCUCCUCUAGAGUAUGGCAAGGCGUCGUUACUCGGUUGGGGCCUUCGUAACAGUGUUGGCUGGGCAGAGGAUCCCUCCACCGGAUAUAUCUGGUCCGUUGAAAACUCAGUAGAUAACCUCUUCCGUGAUGGUGUCGAUGUCCAUAACAGCAAUCCUGGCGAGGAACUCAACUUCCAUGGCCUUCCCAACGACACUUCCAGCGCCCAGUAUGGUAGCAACUACGGAUACCCUGGAUGCUUCUCCAUCUACGACGCCUCGAUCAUCAAGGACUACCCAGGUGGAGCAAAGAUUGGCAAGCAGAUGGCCGGCACCCCAGAGGGAGAGACGGAUCUGGGAUUUACAGAUGAAGAAUGCCAGGAGAAGCAAGCACCAAGGAUUACCUUCGGAUCACACCUUGCGCCAUUGGAUAUCAAGUUUCGAGAUGGUAGCGCGGCAUACAUUGCAAUCCACGGAAGCUGGAAUCGUAAUCCUGGUGAUGGCUAUCGCCUUAGUAAGGUGGACUUUGCAAACGGCCAACCAUUGUCAGCAUCUGACGACCCUCAUGCUGAAGAGCAACUGAUGUGGAACACGGACAAUUCCAAAUGCCCCUCUGGGUGUUUCAGGCCGGCGGGCCUGGCAUUCGAUAAGGAUGGAAGGCUGUUUAUGACAAGUGAUUCGACAGGAGAGCUAUAUGUUGUAACAGGUGUUUAA